UAGUUUUUGUGACUGAAACUUUCGAUUUGUUAGCCGGUGGCUUGAAAAUUUUCACAUUCAAAGAUGAACCAGCAAUGCAAAGUGUGCGGGGAGCCUGCGGCGGGCUUCCACUUUGGCGCGUUCACGUGUGAAGGCUGCAAGUCGUUCUUCGGGAGGACAUACAACAAUAUAUCGUCGAUAUCUGAAUGCAAGAACAACAGCGAAUGUGUCAUCAAUAAGAAGAACAGGACGGCCUGCAAAGCAUGUAGAUUACGAAAAUGCCUCCUUGUUGGCAUGUCUAAAUCUGGGUCAAGAUACGGCAGGAGAUCCAACUGGUUCAAAAUCCACUGCCUUCUACAAGAACAGCAGCAACAACAAAUAAGUCAUCUACAUACCAACAAAUCACCGCCUAACUUCAACACAUCCAUCAAUCCAUCGUUUCUGCCAAACAAUCUAUUACCAGCGGCCGCUCUGGCCGAAUAUUACAAGAACUCAGAGAAGAAUCAUUUCACUGAUGACGUUACCAGGCAAAGCGUCUCACCAUCGGACUCAGGCGCAUCAUCAGCUGAUCCGGAAGACGACAAUAGUUCAAGAAGCACCAGUGGUCUAAGCAUCUUCAGACCGACAUCUUCUCCAAGUAGUGAGAAAGAUGUUAGAUUACAAGUUGUAAGAAAUCAAACUAAAGAUGUGAGAAGAAGAAAACCACUAACAAUGCCACCGUCUCCUUAUGGGCCGUUGUCAGCUUCACCGAGUUUUUCACCAAGACCGUUUCUGCCUGCAUCUUUACAGAAUUUCAGAAAUGUCCCACCAGCAGUUGCUACUUGGCAAGUAAGGAAUGGAGGUGAAACUAUACUACAUUCUCCGGCGGUAGCUGGCGUAGCAAUAGACCAAGAUCAACCCAUAGAUCUCUCAAUAAAAUCUACAGCUGUUCUAUAUAGAAGCCCUAAAAAUGAUGAAGUCAGCGAUUCAGAACCUGAGCUGAGAAUUGAUUUGGGUGAAGACACUACUAAGGACAUAAUGAAGAAUCCUCUUGAUCUGUCUCUAGUUCCGAAAAGGACUGAAGAAGUGCCAAUGACGGGUUGAACAUAUUAAGCCACGUUUCUUUUUUAUUUAUUGUGUAAAUACUAAUCGAUUGUAUUUUAAAAAUACUCUGCCAUACAGUAUUUAAGAAACUUGUACAUUCCUUCUUUUCGUUUACCUGAUUUGACUACCAGUUUUUAGUAAGUUAUAAUAAUUAAUUGUUUAAGUCGACUGUCGCGAAUGAAAGUUUCAAUAUAGUAGUUUCUUAAGAAAUUUCAUAAUUUUGCUCAAUUCGAUAAAAUCGUCGAUAAAAUCGGCAGUCUAAAACUAGGGUACAAGCUGAUAUUGAAAGGAUCUGUGUAACUACAAUUUUUUUGUAUUAUUUCUUGUAUUUCUUCUUUCUUCUAUAGAGCUCACUUGUACGAGUAUUUGUAGCAGCUAUUCGAUGGUGUCAUAUUAAAGAAAGGUUAAGUUAAUUUCUCUUAUGUAAGUUACUUAAAUGCCAGUCUCAAAACUAUGCCAGUGUUAUUUUUACCAGUAGUUUUAUUAGAAUAAUGGGAUCCACGGCCAG